AUGUCAUGGUUGGCCCGAUCCAUAGCCAACACUCUCAAACUCGAUGACGACGAUGACGACAGCGGGGUAAACAAGCCCCAAUCCGGAUCCGGAACCCCAAAACAUCCGGACAAUGAUGCCGCGUCUUCAACUUCACCAUCACGUGGUGUCAAAGAAGACCUGUCGGAGCUUAGUAAAACCCUCACCAGCCAUUUCUGGGGCGUUGCAUCAUUUCUAGCCCCUCCACCGCAGCAGUCCCAGUCCGACCGGGAUUCGGAGAAUAAGUUGGUAGAGGAUCCGGAUGGGAUUGUGGGGAUCAGGAGCGACUUUGCGGAGAUCGGGGGGAAGUUUAAGAGCGGGAUUUCAAGGCUGUCGAAUAACAUCAACGUUUCUGAAAUUACCAAAAUAGCUACAAAUUUCCUACAAGUGGAAUCGGAUGACGAAGAAGAAGGGAUUAGAGACGAUUCGAGGAAAGGAGCAGUGGGCGUGACUGAGGAAGUGAUAGCUUUUGCAGGAGAUAUCGCGAUGCACACUGAGACUUGGUUGGAUUUCCCAUUACCUGAAAGUGAUGAUGAAGAUUUUGACAUGUCUUGUGCACAACAAGAACACGCCUUAUCUGUUGAGCAUCUUGCCCCAAGAUUAGCUGCUGUGAGGAAUGAGCUUUGUCCUGGAUAUAUUAGUGAAAGUUACUUCUGGAAGAUCUAUUUUGUACUACUACAUCCUAGAUUGGAUAAAAAAGAUGCUGAACUUUUAUCAACACCCCAGAUAGUGAAAGCCAGGGCCUUGCUUGCGCAGGAGUUGAAGAACCUAACUGCAACAAAGCUAGGAUCUUUGGAUCCAAAAGACAGCGCUGUCUCUCAUCAUGAAGAGUCCCUUUCUGUGCCAUCCACUGUUCUAUCUGACAAUGAGCCUGGCAAGGCAGCUGCCCUUGAAUUGGGAACUUCCACUACAGCAGCUGCUUCUGAAACAGUGAAGCACCCAAUUGAAAGUAAUGAAAUUCCAAUUGUUGAAAAAUCUUUGAUUAAACAAGAGGAUACUGAUCGAGCUAAAGAUCAAAAUGCUAAUGAUUCGGGAGAGAAAGAUGAAGAUGAUGUUGAUGAUUGGCUAAAGGAAGAAUGUUCUGAAAUUGGUGGUGCCAGUGGAACAACCAUACCAAUUGAGAAUGAUGAUGUAUCCUUUAGUGAUCUUGAGGACGAUGAUGGAGACAUGCCCUCAAGUUUCAGGAAAGCAAAUGACAGUUCAGAUAAAGACUCACAAGAUUGGGUCCAAUUGAGGAAAAGUUCCUCUGACUCGUCCAAGGAUGGUGAGAUUAAUCACUCUAGCAACGAAAAUGUAAAUGUCCAUGACACGAAGGAAUCAAAUGACUGGCUAGAUGUUGAUGACAUUGAUGUGGUUUGA